UUCGGUUGUAAAGUGAAAACGAGAACGGAGCGACGCAGGGCAUGAACAGCUCGACUGCGAUGGACGCGAUCGGCGCCGUGAAGAGCUACAUCGACAAGAUAUUAGGCGACAGUCAGCUGGAAGGGAUGAAGGCGCUUCUCCUGGACGCAGAAACGACCAAGAUCAUCAGUAUGGUCGUAAGCCAGAGCCAAAUCCUCGAGAAGCAGGUGUUCCUGGUCGAGCAACUGGGGGCAAACGCGCACGAGAAGAUGGUUCACUUGAAGGCGGCCGUGCUGAUACGACCGACGUUGCGCAACAUGGAGCUGCUCAAGGCGGAGCUAAAAUCGCCCAAGUACGGCGAGUACCACAUCUUCUUUACAAACAUCACGUCGAACGACAUCCUGGAACGACUCGCCGAGGCCGACGAGCACGAAGUGGUGUCUCAAGUGCAAGAGUUUUACGUGGACUUUAUGGCCGUGAACGAUAACUUGUUCCAUUUCAACGUGAAUGGCGCGGUAGGAUUGAGUUUGAAGGCCACGAGCUUGGUCAACUUGGCGCCGCGGACCGCCGCCGUGUACCAGCGCAACGUGGACGGGUUGACGGCGCUGUUGCUAUCGAUGAAGAAGAAGCCCAUCGUCCGGUUCGUCAAGAAGUCGGACGUUGCCGAGAAGCUCGCGCGGGACGUGGCCACGCGCAUGCAGCACGAAGACGGGCUGUUUGACUUUCGGCAGCCGUCGGUCCCGCCGGUGCUUCUGAUUCUGGACCGCAAGGACGACCCUGUCACGCCGCUACUGAGCCAGUGGACGUACCAGGCGAUGGUGCACGAGCUCUUAGGGCUGUUUGAGAACCGCGUAAACUUGGAGAACGCGCCGGGUAUCCGCGACGACAUGAAGCAGGUGGUGCUGAGCGUCACGUCGGACGCGUUCUUUGCCCAGCACAUGCACGCCAACUUUGGCGAGAUCUGCUUGGCUGUUAAGGGGCUGGUGGACCAGUACAAGGUGGCCACCAAGCAGAACGAAAGCAUCGAGAGCAUCGAAGACAUGCAGCGGUUCGUGGACAAGUACGCCGAGUUCCGCGCGCAGUCGGUGACCGUGUCCAAGCAUGUGGCGCUCAUGGGAGAGCUCAACCGACUCAUUGAAGUGCACGGGCUGAUGGACCUGAGCACGCUGGAGCAGGACAUUGCAUGCAACGACGACAGUUCGACUCACUGGCGAGAGCUCGCGAUACGUUUGCGCAAGGCGUCGAUUCGACCGGCCAACAAAGUUCGACUGGCGCUGCUGUACGCACUGCGGUACGAGUCCCCGAGCACCCUCAAGAGCCUCAAGGACCUGUGCGCGGAAACCAACGUGCCGUGGGAGCCGAUCCAGGCGGCGCUGAGUUACGGGGGGACGGCCGCCCGGUGCGGCGACCUCUUUGGAGACAAGGGCCUCAAAAAGUUUAUGAAGGCGGUGACCCUCGUCACCCAGGGCAUGCAGGGCGUGAGCUGUGUGCUCACGCAGCACGUGCCCCCCCUAAUGAAAACGCUCGACAACUUGUUCAAGGGAACGCUCGACCCCGCCGAGUUUGGCGGCAUCCAGUCGACCACGCCACUGCCCAAGAAACUCAAGGACGUGAUCGUGUACAUCCACGGCGGCGUCACGUUCGAAGAAGCGCUCAAAGUCGCGGAACUCAACGCCAAGCUGGCGUCGCUCGGCCAGCGCGUCAUUUUGGGAGGGCCGCAGGUGCACAACUCCGAGAGCUUCUUGAAGGAAUUGGUGGACGAAGGAGGCAGUGACCAACGCACGGCGUCCGGGUCAGUGUCCAAGUUUACGUACAAUGGCAAGUCGCUUUAAGCGGGAUUUACCCUGCGAUAUAUAUAUAUAUAUUAUAUAUA